AGGCGUUUGGAGGUAACAAAAUGCGACCUCCCGACAGGCAUAUAUUAGAAAUUCAGCUUCUCCCAGUAACGGUCUCUCGGAUGCCAAGUUCUAGUGAUGAAGUCAUUGCGAGCAGGCUGGAGGCUCACAGCCCGGCCAGGAUCCCGACCUGAAUCAGCCUUCGGAGUUCUUCUGUCAGCGGCCCCGCGGACACCGAGGAUAGCAACAUGGCGGAGGAUGUACUCAUCUGCACCAAGCGCAGCGGACGGUCCUCUAGCUGGGGUCAAGAUACUGGAUCUCUCCCGAGUCUUGGCCGUAAGCUGGUCUCGGUCGCAUCAACAUCAUCAGUCGGGACUGACAGUCCUAGGCACCGUACUGUACACAAAUCCUAGCGGACUAUGGCGCAGAAGUCGUCAAGAUUGAAGAUGUCGACCGUGGUGUAAGUCUGGCUGGCCCUCUGGGAUUUCUUCGGCCUCGUCAAGACGUCUUGUAUGGUUUAGACCCUUCGACAGCAAGCUGAAGCAUUGUUUCACAGGAUGAUACCAGGUACUGGACGAUCAAAGGCGAAGAAAAGAUGUGGAAGCCUGGAAUCGGGCCCAUGUCGAAUUACUUCAGUGCGGUCAACAGGAACAAAAAGUCGAUAUGUCUGAACUUGAAGCACCCCAAAGGAAGAGAAAUCUUCAUGGAUAUGGUCAAGGAUUCUGACGUGGUUGUUGAAAACCUCCGACCUGGCAAUAUGGAACGACUGCAGCUUGGCUACCAAGACCUUCGAAAGGUCAACAAGCGAAUCAUUCUCGCAAGCACGUCCGGCUAUGGAGCGGGCGGACCAUUCGAGAAGCGUGCUGGUUAUGACAUGAUCGCCGCCGCUGAAGCUGGAAUGUUGCAUCUGACAGGUGAGCGAGGCGGAGGCCCUGUCCGCCCUGGUCUAGGUAUGACAGACAUGUCGACCGGACUGUAUAUGCACGGCGCUAUCAUGGCUGCUUUGUUCGCUAGAGAACGAACAGGCGAAGGUCAGAAGAUCGACGGCUCUCUCUUCGAAACUCAAGUGGCACUCCUCACCAACGUCGCUCUUUCUUGGCUGAAUGUUGGCGUAGAAGCUGAGCGGUGGGGUGCUCAACACCCAAGCGUGGUUCCAUAUGACGCCUUCAAGACGAGGGAUUUGUACUUCGUCUGCGGCGCCACUAACGAUAAGCAAUUCGCCAAUCUUGUCAAGAUCCUGGGCAGACCAGAGCUGGCCGAAGACCGUAGAUUCAAGACCAAUGGCGAUCGAGUCACCAAUCGACAUGAUCUCUAUACCAUGCUCAGGGAGCUGUUUGUUGCUAAGAGUACUGACGAAUGGCUAGAGGCAUUUGACGGCUCAGGGAUGCCGUAUGCGCCUAUCAACAAUAUGGAGAGGGUCUUCGAUCAUCCUCAAACCAAGGCAAGAGAUAUGGUUGCUGAGGUUGACCUGCCUGCGGCGAAGAAAGGCAAAAUCAAAGUGCUUGGCCCGGCCAUCAAGUUCAGCCACACCAAAGCUACCAUACGCAGCGUCCCUCCAUUACAUGGCGAGCAUACCAAAGAGGUUCUUGAUGCCUUGGGCGUGAAAGACGUGGCGCAAUUGGAGAAGGAUGGGGUUAUAAAGACUAGACAGCCUGCCUCAUAAACGUCUUCUUG